GGCUGGCUGACUGGCUGCUGACACCCUUCCCACUGUCAUCGUUGGUAAACAUACGGCGGACAAGUUUGACUUUUAAUAAGGUUCCCAUUCAACCCAACACGAAGGGGCAUUCUCGUCAUUAUACUUCUCCGCCCCUCACCUGCCUUUGUUUUUUCGUAUAUAUUACGGACUUGCCACCACUUUCCGACAUUCUGCGUCUUUAUCCUGAAAUCCACCUUUCGAUUUUCCGCGAUACGGAUCUCGAUCCAUUUCUACCUGCCCAGAGUUGCGAUAUUUUUUUUUUGAGAUUUGGAUAUUCUUCUCUGCCUUUGGGAGAUCGGAUUGGGUGGUGGGAUUGAGACUGGGGUUUACGGAUUUCGGUGCUGCUGCCUAUGGGCGCCGGUGCAUCCAUCGUCAAGGAUCUGGAGGGGGAGCUUGAGGCAGGCCUCGGGGACCUGCCGGAGAGCUGCGUGGCGGAGGUGCUGCUCCACCUCCACGCUCCGGAGAUCUGCGGCGCUGCGCGGCUGAGUCGGACGUUCCGGGCGGCUGCUUCGGCGGACUUUGUGUGGGAGGCGAAGCUCCCCGAGAACUACGCCUAUCUUUUGGAGCUGGCCCGCGCUGAGAGAUCGAGCUGCGAAAAGGAUCGCCUUUGCUUGAAGGAGGUGUAUUUUUGGUUGUGCCGGCCGAAUCCCCUGGAAGGGGGCAACAAGAUAUUCUGGCUGGAGAAGAACCGGGGUGGGAUUUGCAUGUCGAUUUCGUCUAAAGGACUGCUAAUUACAGGGAUCGAUGAUCGGAGGUACUGGAAUUAUGUCUCGACUGACGAGUCCAGAUUCCACGAAGUAGCUUAUCUUCAACAAACAUGGUGGUUUGAGGUUGAUGGUGAAGUUGAUUUCUGCUUCCCCGCAGGCACUUACAGCCUAUUUUUCAGGCUUCAUCUUGGCCGACCUGCUAAGAAAUUUGGCCGCCGGAUCUGCUGCUCCGAUCAUGUUCAUGGAUGGGACAUAAAACCAGUGCAAUUUCAGCUAUCCACUUUGGACGGUCAGAAUGCUACUUCUCAUUGUUAUUUAGACGAACCCGGGAGAUGGAUUCUGUACCAUGCUGGAGAUUUUGUUGCAGAAAACUCUAAUGUGUCAACCAAGCUCAAAUUCUCAAUGACACAAAUCGAUUGCACGCACACAAAAGGUGGGAUCUGCAUCGACUCUGUGUUGAUUUAUCCCAAAGGUUUUGCCCACGAAAAGAUCUUUACAUGCUACUCAUGACAACGUAGUGGACUGGGAGAUAGGAAUUUGGCAUCCUUUCCCUGUAGGCUGCAAGCAAUGUAGAUAAGGUUAUCUGUACCAUUUUGACUCGGAAAAUAGAGUCGUCAGGCUUUGAUGAAGUUAAAAGGAUUGAUGUUAACUUAGAACGAAGAGAGAAACGAUGGGGAGGUUCAGCUCAGUCAUAAUAGAACAGGAAGUACAAUACGUUUAAUGUGAUCCAGUUCUGAAAUAGUGCUUUGAUGCCACCAAAUUAGUGAGUGUUAUGUGGUAUUUUACUUUAAUUCUUUUUAUCGUCAA